AAAUAGAAAGGUUCAUAAAAACAAAAAGUAGCAGAAACCAUCAACAAGAAGUCAUAAACAAUCCAACAAUAAACAAUAAAUAAUACAAGUCCACAAAGACUCAAUAAAAUAAUCACAGACUAACGUGACGAAGUGAUGAAUGAAAAUUGCACAAAUAAAAAUUCAUCGUCGCGUCAUGCUAUAAAAAUUUCAAGAAAUUCACAAAAAUUAAAGAGUGAAAAUCCCACGUGUCAAAACAAUGGCAAUAAAUCAUUAUUAGAAAAGUCAGGAAAUCAGCAGCGGAAACAACAACAAACAGAAAUUUCGUUACUUAAUUGUGAUAAUAAAAUAAAUCAUUGCAAUCGUUAUGAUGUAUCGGAUGGUUUGUUUAGUGGCCAUUCUGACUAUAGAAACAGAAAAUUGUCGAUUGAUGAUGAAAGUUCACAUCCAAUAAAUGCUUCCAAUACAAAUAAUAAAAUUGAACGCAAAAGGAAUAUCAAUAUGCUGAAUGACAUAGAUGUGAAUGAGGAUUUUAGUGUGGGAUGUAAAGAAGUACAACAAAAUGAUGAUGAUGGUGAUGUUGUUGUUGUUGGUGGUGGAAAUACGAAACGGAUGAAAGUCGAUUGUGAUGGACAGGACAAUAAUAAAAGUAAAAUGUAUCAAAUUUAUCAACCAUGGGUCCUCCACACAUACGGAGAUCAGUCGAAGAGCAAAACGAUAACAUUAAAAAAGCAGUCACGUAUUGUGAGCACUCUAAAAGGAUUAGAAAUGAAUCGUCCCGACAGCUCAAAAUUUAGAUUUUGGGUGAAAUCAAAAGGAUUUAUAUCGGAAUUACCAAAGGAUUUUAAGGAAACAAAGAAAAGUCAAGUCGAGGAAGAUGGUUGUUUGCUGUUUAUACCUUGUAAACCGGAUUCCAGCAGCAUUUCGUCAUACAAACGUGUCGCAGUUGUUGAAUAUUUCUUCAAUAUUAUUUACAAAGUUCAUUGUUCGGUAGAUGAAGGUGAAGGACGUCAUGUUGGGCAAAAGAGGACGUAUCGAAAAAUAACCGAAUACUAUGCAUUCUUACCACGCGAGGCUGUCACAAAAUUCCUCACACAAUGCCACGAAUGCCGUCGUAGCAUAAAAACACCAAUGCUACAGGAAAUAGCGGAAAUUGAGAAUAAAGCAAGUGAAUGCAAGCAAAACGAUUUGUGCAAUGAUAAUGACAGCCGAGUAUCAAACAAUCAACAGCAAUCAUUGUCAGAUGAGGAUUAUCCAAAAAAUAUUGAAAAUUAUUAUUUGCUGCUGAGAGCAUUGUACGAGAAUUCAUCAUUGUUGAAUAGAAUAAAGGACAUAAAUGAUGAUGGUGAUGAAAAUCCGGAGCAAUCAUGCGAGGAAGCAUUUAAAGAGAAUAAUUUGAAUAAGAAUAAUAAGAAUAAAAAUGUAAAUACAAAGAAUGACUUAAAUGAAUCAUCAGUAAUAGAAAAGGAGACAAAUCAUGGCAACAUAAUCAUAAAUUCUUUAGAUGUUUCAAUUAAUGUUGCUGGCAAGACACACUGUUCCGAUGGUAGUUAUGGCAAUAUUAAUAAAGUACGAAUUUCAUGUACAACUACACCGACAAAACUUCAUCCACUUCCAACAUCAUCAAAUGCUACUUCUAUUAUAACAACAACAACGACUACAAUAUCACCCAUUAAUCAACAAUUGGGAACAGCACCGUCCAUGAAUGAUGCAAAAAAUAGUAAAAAUGUAUCCGAAAAUGAGAAUAAUAAAUAUUGCAAUGAUGCAGUGGCACGUGCAGCAUCUUACAUAAAAAAUAGUCAUGGGGUGAUGAGGAUAUAUGAAAAAGUACCUGAUGACUUGUCCCUUCACAAUAAUUAUCAGCACAUAAAACAUGAUAGAGAUGAAAAUUAUGAAGAUGUUGACGAUAAUCGUAAUAAAAGCAGUAAUAAUAAUGACUAUGAUGAUAAUAUUAAGCACACAACUAACACACCAUGCAAUAACAAUUUAUCCAAAUACACCAACGGUGAAAAUGAUAUUGACAAUGAUUAUCAUACGAGAGACAUCAUAUCAAUUGAUACAUCACGACGAUCUCAUUUAACGGGCGACAUCAAGCCAAUUACAUCAACAUAUUUGCUGAUGACGAGAAGUAUGGGACUUUCAGAUACAGAGGCUCUUAAUUUGGAUUCGAUUUCAUCGCAAAGUGAAAAUCACGAGACAAAUUUAAAUGCUGAGGAUUCGUAUGCAAAUCUGUUGAAGGAUGCGGAUAAACUGAAAUUAAUGUUGUUAGCAUGGAAUUAUCAGAAUUCGGCUGCUAUUCGAAAUAAUGCUAAUGGACCGGAUCUCACGACAAUGACUAAUUUAUGGGAGCAGUAUCAAAAUGCAUUGACUGGAAUUAAUGUUAAUAAAACUAGUGAUGGUGCGAUGGUUGGAUCACCUUCACCAUCUCACAGUCAAGAAGACGCGAAUUCACCAUCGGAUAAUAAAGAGGAAGAUGAAGCAUCGGAGGAUGAAUCUGACGAAAGAAUCGACCAAGCAUCAUACGAUCCUGAGAGACUCAAGGCAUUCAAUAUGUUCGUGAGGCUAUUUGUAGAUGAGAAUUUAGAUCGAAUGGUGCCAAUAUCGAAACAGCCAAAGGAAAAAGUUCAAGCGAUAAUUGAUUCAUGUGCACGACAAUUUCCAGACUUUUCGGAGCGCGCACGAAAACGUCUUCGUACGUACCUAAAAUCAUGUCGACGGAAUAAGAAGGUGAAAGAUGGUUGGGAAAAUCAACCGUCACGUCCAACCCCAGCACAUUUAACGUCCGUUCAAGCAGAACAAAUACUGUCACUGGCAUGUGAAAAUGAGAGUUUAAAUGCAAAACGUAUGAGACUUGGUAUGGAGCCAAUCAGUCAGUCAUUAAAUAUUCCAUCAUCACAUUCAAAUGAUUCACAAAGUGCACCAUCAUUGUAUACUAUGGCCAAGUCAUCGUCGUCAUCAACGAUAUCAAUUGAUCCUACACAACCGCUCUCGAUCUCAACAAAUGUCGCAAUUUGUAAAAGUGAACCGAUUAUCUCAACGACAACUGAUUCAAAUGCUAAUUCAAUAAACUCAAUAUUGAAUUCAUCGAGACCUGUCACAUUGCCAACGACAACGACUCCUUAUGAUUUUGGACAAGCAUUUAUGCAGAAAAAUAGUUCACCAUUUUACAAUAAUUCAAUGGUGACAUCAGGAUUGUCUCAAGGUCCAACAGAUUUGUCUGUCAAACGUCCUCUCUUACCACACAACUUGAACGUUACAGAGGCAGCAGCUGUUAAGCAACUAAUUACAGGCUAUAGAGAAGCUGCGGCAUUUUUACUUCGAUCUGCUGAUGAGCUUGAGCAAUUACUGCUGAAUCAACAACCUUAAGAAACUUAAUGAUGAUGGAAAUUUACCUAGAAACGUACUUACAUUACCUUUAGGAUUAAGAAAAUUAAUUUUUUAUAAUUUUGAUGAAGUUAUUUUUGGCUUUCUAUUAAGAGAGGGGUGCAUUCAAAAGUGAUGUUUGGAAUGAAAUGUGAUUUUUAAGCAUCAGUUGAUGGUGUUUUGAAUCAAAAAUUCUGAACGAUAAACAAGGCUUAGUUUUUGAAGCAGUAUCCGAUGUGUUGCUCAGUCAAUAUUGUGGUUAUUAGCCCGAUUACAGUCAUGAAGCCUCUUCAAUGAAGAUGGUGCAGUUAUGAUUAUGCUGUGACAGGAAAAAAAGUAAGAAUCAACAGACAGAGCAGCAACAAGGUGUCAACUCGUUAAAUUAGCAUUGAUUCUUUGCCAGGAAUUGAAGGAUCUUAUAAGUCACUGUUUUUAAUGCUAAUUGCUUAUGAUGCCCAUAGUUUAUGAGUUUUAUAGAACCUUAAGCCAUCUCACAUUAGUAAUUUUUUCAAAAUUAAUGACAAAUGCGGUAGAGGUGCUUUAAACUCUUAUUAACAAACAUCACUGUUGAACGACCCCCAAAACAAAAUUCCUAUAAAAUUAAAAAAAAAUCUUCAUAGAUUCAAUAAGACAAGGAAUUGUGGAAUCACGUUGAGAAGUUAUUUAAUAAACGUUGUAGUUAGAUUUCGCAAAUUUUACAUGGAAAAACAAUUGAAUCUGUAGAUGAAAAGUGAAACUUUUUAUUGAUUAUUUUAUUACAAAAUACGUAAAAUCUACUAACCUACUAUUAAUUUACUUAGUAACUAUUUAAAUGGAUAAUUUGGAAGUGCCAAAAAGAGAGAAAAAUUUAAAAAAUUUAUCCUACAUUUAUGCAUGCUUUUUUUUUGUGACGAUGAGAAUGAGGAAAUUUGAAUGAAUUAUUUAUUCUGUUGGUUCCAAAUUCCUCAUUUUUUCAAUUUUAAAUUUUUCUCGCUAAAUUUUUCUUCUUUUUCUACUUCAAAAAAUAAAUCUUUACAAAUUAUUUGCACAUGACGAAAUAAUUGAAACAAUUUUUUUGUGAAGAUAUAAAGCAGGGUGAUAUAAAAAUUUAUUUAAUAAAGAAAUAAGAAGAAAAAUUAUUUAAAUGUAAAAAAAACUUUAUUCAUUGUACUUUAAUUUUUAUUCUCGUAAAAAAUGAAAAAUAUGAAG